GGACCUACCUCUGUGUGUUAGUGUGUGUGUGUGUGUGUGUGUGUGUGUGCAUUCGCUGGCGUGAACGCAGAGCGAGGCUGGAAAUGCUGAGAGCCACAGCGGAUUUAUUUUUGGGUCAGUGACAGUGUGUCAAUGGCCGCAGAUGCGUCGCAAAGGAAGGCUCUGAGAUACCAACAGACCCUGCUGUAUGGGGAGUACCAUGAGCACCCGGGUGGGUCUGGCAGGAGAGAGGCCACCCGACUGUUGAACGAGAGACAAUGGAAGAAACACGGCCCCGGUCAACGUCCGCAGCAUCAGCGUGGACGCCAACCCCACGGCCGCCACCACAGCCACCCCCACGUCCACCACCACGGCCACAGGCGCCUCAGCAGGCCGAGCGGUCGGCAGCCCUCUGAGGACGCGGGGCAAGCAGACAUGCUUACGGAGCAAGGCCAGGUUUCGUCUGGAAAGAAGCGCUGCUCCUAUUCCAAAUGCAGAGACUGUGUAGCGCGGGUACAGAGAUUCCUGGUCACCAAGUUGGGAGAGGACUGGAUCUUCCUUGUGCUGCUCGGCAUCUCCAUGGCACUGGUCAGUUGGACUAUGGACUACACCAGCGCCAAGAGUCUGCAAGCUUAUAAGUGGAUUCACUGGGAGCUGAAGGAUAACGUCCUGCUCCAGUACCUGGCCUGGGUCAGCUAUCCCAUGGCGCUCAUCAUGUUCGCCUCCCUCUUCUGCCACCUGGUCGCCCCGCAAGCCAUCGGUUCUGGUAUUCCUGAGCUGAAGACCAUCCUCAGAGGGGUUGUGCUGAAGGAGUAUCUGACAUUCAGGGCUUUUGUUGCAAAAGUCAUUGGUUUAACUGCAGGUCUGGGCAGUGGGAUGCCAGUAGGGAAAGAGGGCCCAUUUGUUCACAUAGCCAGUAUCUGCGCUGCCGUGCUGAGCAGGUUAAUGACGUUCUUCUCAGGAGUUGAUCAGAGCCCAUAUUGCUACACAGACAUCCUGACAGUUGGCUGUGCGGUUGGGGUCGGCUGCUGUUUUGGUACCCCUCUCGGAGGCGUGCUCUUCAGCAUCGAAGUGACGUCUACUUACUUUGCUGUGAGGAACUAUUGGAGAGGUUAUUUUGCUGCCACCUUCAGUGCCUUCAUAUUCAGAGUGCUCUCCGUGUUCAAUAAAGACGCAGUCACCAUCACUGCCCUCUUCCGCACAAAGUUCCGCAUGGACUUCCCCUUUGACCUCCAGGAGCUGCCAGCAUUUGCCAUCAUCGGGAUCUCCUGCGGGUUCCUGGGGGCCUUCUUCGUCUGGCUGAACCGUCAGGUGGUGCUUUUCAUGAGGAAACCCAACGCCAUGACGCGCUUCCUCACCAGACAUCGAUUGAUUUUCCCUGCCGUCGUGACCUUAGUGAUUGCCACCUUGACCUUUCCCCCUGGAUUUGGACAGUUCAUGGCUGGAGAGCUAAUGCCCAGAGAAUGCAUCAACUCCCUGUUCGACAACUUUACGUGGACCAAAAUCUGGGGCUCCCCCCCUCCCCCUGGCCUGGGGCGCUCCUCUGCCUGGCUGCACCCCGACGUCAGUGUCUUCGUCAUCCUUAUCCUCUUCUUCGUGAUGAAGUUUUGGAUGUCUGCUGUUUCCACAACGAUGCCCAUCCCUUCCGGAGCCUUCAUGCCUGUGUUCAUACUUGGAGCCGCUUUUGGGAGAUUGGUUGGAGAGAUUAUGGCAGCCCUCUUCCCCCACGGGAUUCUGUUUGAUGGAAUCUUGUACCGCAUCAUCCCAGGAGGGUACGCAGUCAUUGGAGCUGCUGCGCUGACCGGAGCGGUGACCCACACAGUGUCCACGGCAGUGAUCUGCUUUGAGCUGACGGGACAGAUCUCUCACAUCCUGCCCAUGAUGGUGGCGGUGAUCCUGGCCAACAUGGUGGCCCAGGGCCUGCAGCCGUCCCUCUACGACUCCAUCAUCCAGGUCAAGAAACUGCCUUACCUCCCCGAGCUGGGCUUCGGACACAUCAGCCAGUAUAAUAUCUUUGUGGAAGACAUCAUGGUUAGGAAGGUGAAGUUCAUCUCCUCACAGUCCACCUACAGCGAGUUAAUAAACCUCCUGGAGUCCACUUCUCUCAAAACUAUACCACUUGUGGAUUCAACAGAUUCUAUGAUCUUGUUGGGCUCCAUUGAACGCUUAGAGCUCCAUGCUCUCUGUGAUUGGUGGCUGUCGGCGGAGAGGCGGAUCCUCAUGCAGGAACAGCGUUUACAGGAACAGAACCUGUGUGCUAAAGAUAGCUGGGAAUCCUUUGCUUUUGUCGAUGAAGACGAUGAUGAAAGUGGAGAUAAGAGCACCCCAGUUCAGGAAGAGCGAAAUGGCCCCCUGCCUUCCCCAAAACCACAGGAACCCUCAUCCAAUCACACGGCUCCUAACAAGGGUCCGCUUCAGUCUGUUAGAAGAUCUCUACGAAAUCUCUUCUGUUCACGUGACAGAACGGCAGAGAGACAAUCACAGGAACCCUGCCCCAAUCCUCCCCUGUCCGAUACGAUGUCACCGCAAGAGAUCAAAGAAUGGGAAGAGAUCGAAAUGGAUAAGCCGAUGGCAAUUGAUCAGAUCCGAAUAGAUCCCUCACCUUUCCAGCUGGUGGAGAGGACAUCACUACACAAGACCCACACUCUCUUCUCAUUGCUGGGCCUGAGUCAUGCCUAUGUUACCAGUAUUGGAAAACUGGUGGGUGUUGUGGCACUUAAAGAGCUCCAGAAAGCCAUCGAGGGCUCAACACGUAGCGGGGUACGGCUGCGUCCCCCUCUGGCCAGUUUCCGCGACAUCAGCCGAAAGUCCUCCAAACCCCAGACAACCGCAACCCCGUCCUCCCCUGCUGCCCCCUGCGCCCAGCCGGUCUCCCCUGCUCCCGCUGUCCCCCGCGCUUCUGUCCUGUUGCCUCCCCUGGCUAGGGAGGACGAUGAUGAGGAGGAGCUGGAGGUGUGGAUCGAGGGCGUGAAGCAGAAGGUGGCGGUGGUGAACAGCAGCAGUAGCAGCAGCGGCAGUGUAACAGCUAGCGGUAGCGGUAGCAGCAGUCCCUCACUAGCGCGCCCCUCGCCCGUGUCCAUGGCUCUGGCCAGCACCCUCUCCACCCCCCUUGGUGCCCUCCGGCCUGUCGUGGAGCACCUAACGGAGGAGGAUAGCGAGGAUGAAGAGCCCAUCUAGCCUUUUCAACGAGUGAUUUAAAAAUAUAUAUAUAUAUUUCUUUUUUAUGGUGUGAAUUUCUUUUUUGUUGCUAUUUCCAUUUUUUCCCUCCCUAUUACUCUUUCCUUUACUCUCUCAGUCUCUCUGCCCCUCUCUCUCAGUCUCUCUGCCUCUCUCUGCCUCUCUCUGCCUCUC